AAUACUUUUAAGAACGGUUGGGUUAAAAUCUUAUUUAGUUUUCAUAUGUGUAUCUUAAGUAUCGAUUUAACAAGUUUUACAUUUAUAAAUAAGUAUAAGUUAUUUGCUCAGUGGAGAUUAUUUUAAAUAAGUGAAAUUCGUAAUCAUUUUGAAAGCAAUAUGAGUAACAACGGAUCAAUUAUUCAAAGGACUUAUCUUCCUUCUGAGAUGGUGCAAUGGAAUGAAAGAAAUGUUAUGUCAGUUUUAAAAAAUUGUCUUGGAAAAGAGUUGAGUAAAGUUACAAUGCCUGUUACUUUAAAUGAGCCAUUAAGCUUUUUGCAAAGGAUAUGUGAAUAUAUGGAGUACGCUGAAAUAUUAAAUCAAGCUGCUGAAGAGGAAGAUCCAGCUGAUCGAAUGAAGCACGUUGCAACGUUCGCCGUGUCGGCUUUAGCAUCAAACUGGGAACGUAUUGGGAAACCAUUCAAUCCACUUUUGGGAGAAACGUACGAACUGCAAACGAAUGGUUUCAAAAUCUUAUGCGAGCAAGUAUCACAUCAUCCACCAAUUUCCGCUUUUAAUGUAGAAUCUGCUAACUACAAGUUUUAUGGAUCGAUUAACCCAAAAAUUAAGUUCAUGGGGAAAAGUAUAAAUAUUCAGCCCAAAGGAAUGGUCACUGUUGAAUUGACCAGAUGGAACGAAGCCUACACAUGGAGUAACGUAAACUGUUGUGUGCAUAAUGUGGUUGUGGGUAAACUGUGGAUUGAACAGCAUGGAACAAUGGAAAUAAAGAAUCAUGUGAAUGGUUACCGAGCUAUUUUAGAUUUUAAAGAAGCCAGUUCUUGCAAAGAGGCUAAUCAAGUUUUUGGAAUUGUUGAAGACGAUAAAAAAAAAAUAAAAUAUAGGUUAUUUGGAAAAUGGAACGAGUAUUUUAAAUGUGCAUCUGAAGAAGACUACCACCUUAUUAUGAAGUUGAAAGAACAACAAGACGGUAACGAAUCAAUGUCAUCUCUUGACAGAAAUUCCAGAAAAAUAUUUUCAAAAUUGAACAGUUUCAAAAUGCCGUCAUUUUUAAGUGUUAGUAUACAAGAUGAUCAAGCUGGAACAUCUGAUUUUAAAUCAUUAAGUCUUAAUGAGGAUGUUAGUCAUAUAUCUUCCGAUAUUAAAUCAACUUUAUUGUGGAAAUGUAAGGAGCGACCUGUUUAUAGUGCUAAGUAUUAUCAUUUCACAGAUUUCGCAAUGCAACUUAAUGCCAUUAACCCACUAAAUGCAAAUACUUUAUGUAUAACUGAUUCACGACUCCGUCCAGACAUACGAUAUCUAGAAGAAGGUGAUGUAGCAGCCGCUUCAGCUCAGAAAAAUAGAUUGGAAGAAAAACAGCGUGAAGCCAAACGAUCACGGAAAGGGCAGAAUAAUGACUUAUGGCAGCCACGGUACAUAAAUAAAAAAUAUACAGAAGCGCCGUUACACAAUUUCUAAUAAGAAUUGCGGAAUUGAAUAGACAAUUUUCAUAUUUUUACAAGUCGUCAUUACCACGAUACCGACAAACAAAUAUUAAAGAAUUAUUAAUUGAUUAUUCUCUUUCACCUGUGCUAACUUGAGAUAUCUUAAUAAAAUGUGAUACAUGUGUUCCCUGAAAGAUUGUUAUUGCAGAUGAAAUAUAUUUGAAUAUUUCCAGGAAUUUUGUAUAAAAACCAACAAAAGAUAGGAAUAUUUGUACUUUAAAAGUCACCUUUGCCAAAAUAUGCAAUAUAUUUAAAUGACGUUUAUGAAAACCCCUAUGCAUUGUCUUAAAUUCUUGCUUAAUAGUUACAGUUUGUUGUGAUAUUAAGUUAUUUGUUGUGUUUGUAAUAAUGGAUAAUUUAUUAUUGAGUGCGUUAGAAUAUGCUAUUACUUUGGCAGAAACUUAUGUGUCCUUUUUAUUACUUCAAAGAGAUAUUAAGUUAAGAAUUCAACACUGUGCCUAAAAUUAUGAAAUGGCGUUUACAAAUAUUGUGUAUAUUUUGCAUAUCGCUUUUAUGAAAGCAGCCUUAGUUAGUUAGUCUAAAGAAUUAGGAGAUCCGUUCAUCACUAAAAUUAUUUUUACAACUUCGGAGUAAAUCUGCGUGCAUGUCGGAGCUGCGAUAAGCGAUAAGAGCGUCGAUAAGAGCGAAGCGUAGAAAAUUGAUACAAGUAAUUUAAUACAAGUGUGCAUGUCGGAGCAGCGCGCGAACUCACUCUUUGCUGGCUAUCAUCGAUAAGAGCGUAGAAAUUGUAGGUCAGUAAUUUCUUCGCUCUUAUCGAUGAUGGACACGGAAGACUUAAUAAGUGCAGUAUUUUUGAAACCAGCAAUCUGGGAUCAAAAAGAUCCAAACCACCACAACAGGUUCGAAUGUAUCGCUUGUCAUUCUCAUGUAUUCGAAAAACUUUUUUGGAUCCUGUCUCAAGCUACAAUAAAGAUGAUGAAAUUCUCCGAAAUUUGGCCUUUCUUGAUUUAUAGGAUUCGCCGAAAACGAGCGUUUUGUCGCCUCAGUAUUAUGCAUAUGAUAAUAUGCAGCAGUAGAUAUCAACAACAAAAUAUUUUCUACUUCAGAAUCACUAAUUUUUUUAGCUGUUGACUAUACAAAACUUAAAUUGCAAAUGCAAUUUACGCCCUUAUCGCAGCUCUGUUAUGCACACCGCACAAAACUAUAACUCGAUGCUAUGCUCUUGUCGCUGAUCUUAUCGACGCUCUUAUCGCUUAUCGCAGCUCCGACAUGCACGCAGCCUAAGGCUCCGUCGUUUGGACCAAAAUCCGUUUAGUGUACAAUAACAACACCCUCACAUUGCCAAAGAAUACAUGUACCAAGUUUCAUUAACAUAUGUAUCUUAAGUUUUUACUCUAGUUAUCGUAUGGACGGUCGGACAGAUUAGUCUAAGGAUUUUAACUCGACUUGUCGUCUUGUUCAUUUUGAUAUAUCUAAUUUGUAAGAUGUUACAAACAAAUAAAUGUUAGGUGAACAAAACCAUGAAAGUAAAAAAAUUGGACUAGGGUUAUGACAACGCCUGUAACAUCCUCUCGACAUCUGUGCUAGAUAUGGACUACGCUUACUUUGGACAAAACAUAAUAUUAGAUACAACUUUUAACAAAUAGUGCUACAUCUCGUAUCUAAAAAUUCUGUAAUUGAACUAUAACUUUUCAACUAAGUGAUAACAAUAAUAUAUCCCAAUGUGCAGAUGGAAUUAAAAGAGCCACUUUUACUGCGCAAUAUUAAUAAAAUUUGUUCUGAACUGAAAUUCAAUGUUCUUCUUCUUCUUAACUGGCGUAGAAACCGCUUACGCGGUUAUAGCUUAUGCGGUUGUGCGUAGGGCUUGGGACCCACCACAUAAAAACGAAUAACCAGUGAAUAAGAAAUUCAAUGUUAAUCCCUGAAAAUAUGAAGUUUGAUUGUAAUCCAUUCAUAAUUUCAUCGAAUAACGAAUAUCGAAUUUUUAUGAAACAUUUUAUACUCUCGCAACACGUUGCACAUAGUAUAAUAGUUUUGUUCACCUAACGGUUGUUUGUAGGUCCCUAAACUUAAAUAUAUAUAGAGCGUGCAAGCGAUUACUGAAAACCGAGAUAUUUUAAAUUACACGAGGUAAAUUAUUGUAAUCUGAGGAAAGGGGACAAAUUAAAGUGUGUCACGAGUCUGGGCUUUCUACAAGGGAAAUUGCCAAAAGAAAUCGGUAGAUCUCUCCCUUAUACGUAAUUUCUAGAAAUUACGCGAUUCAUAUGGCAAAAACAAGAAAUAUGACAGAAACACUAAGGUAUCGCCACGACAAAAACAGAUUUAAAUUAGAUUGGCAACUAAAUAAAAACUUAUUACGAUGGAAAUUGUGGCACAUUACAUUUGCCAAUAAGGAGCAGACGUGUGUGGUAAAUAUGAAAAUCAUCUGACCAUGUUGUCUACACAAAACUCCUCAAGAAACUUCUGGUAACGCUUAUAAGGCUAAGAGUAUAAGCUUUGCCGAAAACCAUAUUCAGAGUGGUCAAAGUUCAUAUUUAGCGAUGAAAAACGAUUUAAUUUAGACGGACCUGAUGAAUUUAUAAAAUAUUGGCAUGAUAAAUGAUUUGAUAAAGAAGUUUCAAUAACUAGUGCGUCGUCAGGUGGAGGUCUUAUGGUGUGGGCAGUUUUUGACGGUAAUGGUGUCACUGAAAUGGCAUGGGUUCCAACAAAAAUUAACUCGUCAAUCUAUUGUAAUUUGUUAGAAACCAUAUUGGUAGAGAAAGCAGAAGACUUAUUUUCUAUAUUAACUAUAUUUUUCAACAAGAUAAUGUCGCAAUUCAUUGUACAGACAAAAAAAAUUGAGCUGAAUUGGCCCGCUUGUAGCCCGGACUUAAAACCUAUUGAAAAUCUCUUGGGUAUUUAUCAAAAGAAGUUAAUGGUAAAUGGCGACAAUUUAACACAGUCAAUGGCCUAAUCGUCGGGAUUAAGCUUUGGCAGCAAUACCGAUACAGACUUUAAAAAACCUAAUAGCUUCAAUGCCGUUUCAAGUUUUAAAACGCAACGGAAAGUGCACAGACAGACUACUAACGAGAAGUUGGGAGUUAAAUCGCAAUUUAUUUCUUUAAAAAAUGUUUUGUUUUUGAACCUGAGUUUAUGUGAAUUUCCAUCUCAAAAAUUGUAAAAUAAUUAUAUCGUUUUCGAAACUACAGAUAACUUGUUUUAUUCUUAAUGGUUUUACUUCUUUUAAUACAAUGACAAUGCUCGCCGCAUUCAUUGCAAAAAACAUUAAAAAGACACUUAAAAGGGGAAAUUUCAAAAAAAUUUUAUUUGUGCCUUAAAUAUUAGAUGCAUUUGAGCGAAUGAGGCUUCAUCGAUAUUAAUACUGAGAAAAUACAUCGAUGCCUCAAAAUAUAGGCACUUAAGCGGGGUUCACUGUAUAGGUUUUGUUUACAAAAUUUAUUUUGAAUUUUCUACAACCACGGAUUUCAUGUCCGUCUAUAAUUCGGCGAUAUCGGAGUACAUAUAACAUUUCAAGGUCCCAGAUGUCAAACACAAGGACAGAGUUUGUGGUCAAUUUAUCGAAAAUAUAGGUAAAUCACUCUGAUAUUCUAAAGAAAUUUUAAGGAUGAGCUCCUUAAAAAUAUAGUGCUUCUAGGUCAAAUAUGGACAAAAUCAGAUCAAUAUUUCCUCUAGGCCUCAUUUGAUGAGGUAUAUGUAUAUCGGUUAAUUUGUGAGCUAUCAAAGCAAAAUUAAAUGAACGUAUGUAUAAUUUGGGACAUGAAUUAGCUUGGUGGCGAAAUAGUUUAAAACGGUCCUUGAAUUAUAUAAAAUAUAAGGGUCAAAUCAAUAAAAUUAUAUAAAUAAAUUGCGAGAGUAUAAAAUGUUCGGAUAUAUUGUUGUUUCGUGGCAAAAAUAGUUGAAAUCGAUUCAGAAAUUACGCCAUCUUCCAUAUACUCUAUAUAAUGAAUUUCGUUAUUUUAAUAGACUUUCUGCCAAAUAUAUGAGACGUAUUAUGUUGUUAUGUUCGGUUUUACCCGAACUUAUACCCCUGACAGACGGCGGCGUUAAUUCGGAUUAACUACUUUAAUCGGGGUUAAUUCGAGAGUUAUCUCAGUUAACUCCUUUUGCUAACUCCCAUUUAAUUCUCAAAAUUUUAGAGAGUUAGUGGGAGUUCGUGGCAUUUUCGUUGGCAACAUUGUUAAACAUGGCCGCUUUUAACCUAUUGUGAAUGAAAAUAUACAAUACUGACAGCUGUUUUUUCAAUUAAAUGUAAACGAAAACAUACGCAUGCAAUGAGAUAGCCAAUUUUUUCUAAAAUGGAAGUUCUAAUAAUAACGUAUUUUUGUAUAUUUUUUAGUAAUUAAUGAUUUUGUACUAAUUGUGCGGCUAAAAACCGCAAUAUUUGCUUUCUAUCCAAUUUUAUUUUAUCAAAAUUAAAAUAUUAUUGCCAAUCAGCUGUUUAUGGGAGUUCAUAACUCGCUUUGCUGCCGUCUGUCACCUACAUAUUUGAAACUGAUUAAAAGCGCAGUUAAUCCGAAUUAACUUUGCCGUCUGUUUAGGCUAUUAGCCGCUUAGGAUUGGCAUGGUCAGAAUUCACUCAUUUUCGCUACCAAGCUACAUAAUAUUCAAUAAGCUCAUUUAGGUUUGCUAAAAUAUCUCAUUUAUUAACCGAUAUAUAUAUAUCAGAGAACGGCAUGGGUACACUCUAACAAUAAGUGUACCCGAAUCAUUUCCCUGCCAGCCAAAGGUGGUGAAAAAACUGGUUAAACCGAAGCAAAAGUGGUGAGUGUGCCAUAGGCCAGCAUAGCUGCUUGUGAGUUUUUUAACCACUAUUCCCCUCACACGUACGAAUACAUGUGAUCUUACAUCUCUGUUGCGCUCAUUAUGCAGUGUCAUAUAAUUUAUAUACACAAAAAUAUAGCUGAAC